GGCCGUGCGAAGUGGGCAGCGGCGGAGAACGUCUCCUGUCUGAGCUCGGGGUCGGGUCGCGCCGGACUUACGCCACUGACGCCUCCUUCAAACAACUAAUUCUCCACCAUGACUUCCACGCUUGUCAAUGUAGCCAAGGCUGCCCUGGCGUCGGUGCCCAAACAAGGCAAAGUCGCAGUUCCCACGAUCCUCAGCCAGCGAUCCUAUUCUGCCGACAAGCGUAUUGAGGUGGCGAACCCUGUUGUUGAACUUGAUGGCGAUGAGAUGACACGUAUCAUCUGGGAGAAGAUCAAGGAAUCUUUGAUCUUCCCUUACCUCAAGAUCGACUGCAAGUACUAUGAUCUCGGCCUCCCCUAUCGUGAUCAGACUGAUGACCAGGUCACCAUUGAUGCUGCUUAUGCCAUUAAGAAGUACAAUGUUGGAAUCAAGUGUGCCACCAUUACCCCUGACGAGCAGCGAGUGGAAGAAUUCAAGUUGAAGAAGAUGUGGCUAAGUCCUAAUGGUACCAUCCGUAACAUCUUGGGUGGCACUGUAUUCCGCGAGCCCAUCCUCUGCGAGACCAUUCCUCGCCUGGUACCCGGCUGGACCCAGAGUAUCAUCAUUGGCAGACAUGCCCAUGGAGACCAAUACAAGGCCACCGAUGUAGUCAUUCCCAACAAUGGAACAGUGGAGCUGGUUUACACCCCAGAGGGUGGUCAGCCAGAGAGGAUGAAGGUCUUUGACUUCAAGAAUGGUGGUGGUGUUACCAUGGCCAUGUACAACACAGACGAGUCUAUCCGUGCCUUUGCACACUCCUCUUUCCAGGUUGCUCUGGCAAAGGGAUGGCCCCUGUACAUGUCUACCAAGAAUACCAUUCUCAAGCGGUAUGACGGUCGCUUCAAGGACAUCUUUGAGGAAAUUUACGAGGCUGAAUACAAGAAAGACUAUGAUGCUAAGGGCAUCUGGUAUGAGCACCGUCUUAUUGACGACAUGGUUGCUCAAGCACUGAAGUCUAGCGGUGGUUUUGUUUGGGCUUGCAAGAACUACGAUGGUGAUGUUCAAUCUGAUGUUGUUGCUCAGGGUUAUGGUUCUUUGGGUCUCAUGACUUCUGUCCUCAUGUGCCCUGAUGGUAAGACCAUCGAGUCAGAGGCUGCUCAUGGAACUGUAACAAGACAUUACCGUGAGCACCAGAAGGGUAACAACACCUCAACCAACCCUGUUGCUUCCAUCUUUGCUUGGACUCGAGGCCUUGAGCAUCGUGCCAAGCUUGAUGGUACCCCAGAGCUUGCCAGGUUUGCUCAAGCCCUGGAGCUCGCUUGUGUUGACACUGUUGAUGCUGGCCAAAUGACCAAGGAUCUGGCUGGCUGCAUCCAUGGCAUCAGGAAUGUGAAGGAUGGCAUGUACCUCUACACCAAUGAUUUCCUGGAAGCUAUCCGUGAGAACCUUGCAAAGAAGAUGGCUGCCUAAAUCCAUUGAUCCAUCAAUCGCCUCAUGUUAGCAGCUCCCUUACAUCUGUCCUACCAUAGCAAUAUGAAUGAAGACUUUUUUUUUUUUUCUUUGUAGAAUAAGACAUUUGACAAUGAUCCUCUUCAUACAAACCUAUGUAGGACACCGUAAGGAUAUGUUGGUACAAAUCCUCAAUCAUCAUAAGCAUGUUGAAUCCUUCUGAAGCAACCACUGAUAAUUUAACCAUUUAAAGAGAUUCCCACAUGCACUUCACCAUGGGAAUCCAGUUUUAUUUUUUGCUUUCAGAAAUGCCAUAUACAUUUUUUCUUUUUCAUAAAAUGUGUGGAUAUUUCAUACAUGUGGCAAGCUAUUAAAUGAUCUAUAGGAAUGGUCAGGGAAAUAAUGGCAACACUUUUUAUAACAGCACUUGAAAAAUUGCAUAUCCUAUCAAUUAACAAGUGUCAGAUGAGCAGUACUGCAAAAGAUAAACAAUGCAACAAACCUCUACCUUGCCCCCAAUAGCUGCAAAUUUUUCUCCAAAGUACAGAUAUCUAGAAUCUAUGCAGAAAUUAACUUGAUUAGGGUAGCACCCGUGGUGUCAAAACCGCGGGGAAUUAAAAUUUGAAUUUUGCAAUUUCAUAGACAUGAGUAUAUUUAGUCAUUCCAGACAGGUGAUGUAAAUGAAUAAUAUAAAUAACAAAUACAA